AUGACAGACAAGAAGCCAAGACGCGAGUGGUCUAACCCCGACGACCCUUGGAACCCAUGUGUCAUCCUUGGCGUUUCGCUGAACCCGACAUUAUCAGAAGUUGAAGACGCAUUUGCACCCUUUGCAGCAUCAGACCAGAACCUGGUUGUGGAUCGAGAUACCCAAACAGCCAAAGAAUUCGAAAAAGCAUACGAGCGCCGCAAAAAGCAGGAUGCAUAUGUGUAUUUGAAAUGCUGUCUUCGGUUGAAAAAGCCGACGGCCCCCAAGGUAGAGCCUGGCGAGUCGACGACUGCAAAGGUUGAGCUUGAAGGCGACGACGACGAUAUCACCUCAAAGAAAUCUUCACCAACAUCUCCCCCCAACACAGAUUCGCAAGCGACACCCUCCUCUACCUAUAUACCAACCUCCCUCACCGAUCCAAGCCGCUUUUCAAUAAGCUCCGUGGUCACGACAGCGACAACGACAGUGGCAGAUGCAGGCUACACGACUAGAAACAGCUCAGCUCAAACAUUCCAGUAUCAAUCAGAUCCCGAAGGUUCUCGUCGCAGAUCGAAAUUUCACAUUGGCAAACCUAGGCGGAGGAGACCCAAACUCCGCGGAACUCGGAGCGCAACUGGGUCCUCAUCAUCGAUGGGCUCCCAGUUUUCCGACGCCUCUACUGAUGGCGCUCGAGAGACUCUUGCAGCAAUUAGCGAUAUUCUGCAAGAGCAUACAAAGUCCCUCGGCAGCUCUGGGGACGGUACGGCUAAAGGGCAGUCACUCCUACGAGGCGUCUUUACAUCUCUGCGUCGAUCGCACUCCGGUUCUAGGACAUCGGACGAAAACAUCUCACAACCCUUAGCAGGGCUAGUUUUGAGAUUCCAGCAGGUCGAGUCUGUCCUAGACAGGUCGGAUACUGACCCCUACGACUUACAUCGACGAUUGGUCAUUCUGUACGAUGAUCUCAGCAGGGACCUCAAGAAGGAGAUGAAGCAGAAUCGUGGCGGAUGGAAUAGCGCGAAUCAGUCCCAGUUUCAACAAAUGAUCAAAGGCUAUGAGAAGCGUGUUGCCGCUCUCACAAAGCGGCCAUACCCGCCCAGCGCUUUAGACAGCGACUAG